UGGCCCUUUGUGGCUGACCUCCUUUGGACUUCGCAGCAUGGCACGGCUUCCUUGGCGCAACUUUGCAGUGCUUCUACUGUGCGCAGCAGUGGGGUCCAUCGGCGACGAUGCUGUGGAUCUGGAAGAUGAAGUGCAGCACCUCUCCCUGAUCCAGGUGACUGCGCACUUCAACAUCUCGACCCUCAAGGAGCGCGCGGAAGAUAUGCUGUCCGUGUUCAAGGAGGAUGCAGCUAAGGCAGCACAAGCGGUGACGCGUGGAAAACCCAAACAAGGUCCGAACGACAAGAAAGGCAGUGAGGUGUAUCAAGAACAGCUUGGAUUGAAGAAAAACAGCGGAGGAGAUGUGGAGACCCUACGCACAUCCUUUGUUUUCAACAUGCUGCUGAUCAUUACCUACUUGGGCCUGUUUGCCCUUCUCCAGCACUUUCAACCAAUCGUGUACCUCAACAACUCCCAGAGGGGUCGGACGCCCCCGCCGCGGGAGUCGUACUACGGCUUCUGCCUCAGCCUGGACCAGAUUCAGGACUAUGCCGGCCUGGACGGCGCUCUCUUGGUGGAGUUCUGCCAUCUCGGAAUGCGCAUUUGUUUGUAUUUAGGUGUACCCCUGGCGUUGCUCUGUUUGCCAGCGUAUUUUUGGCUUGGAAAGCAUCCCAGCCAAGAUGAUUCGCAAUGCAGCAGGACGGUACACCACACUCCAAGAAGUUCCUUGGACCUCUUCAGCAUCGCCUCACUUCGCUGCAACCAGACCAUGCGUUGGUUCCUGGCGCUCUUCGUGUGGUUCGUGGUCUACUUGGUGCAGAGCAUGCUGUGGGACGCGCAGAAACGCUUCGUGCAGAUGCGCAUCGCUUGGCUCCAGCAGAGGCCGAAACCUCAAAGCUCCACGAUUUUGGUGUCCAACAUCCCACCGCGCUACCGCUCUGACAAGAAGUUGAAGGACUACUUCGAGCGGCUCUUUCCAGAUGGCACCAUUGAGCGGGUCUACAUCGUGAAACAUUUGGAAACGUUGAUGUCGCUGCUGCAUGAUUUUGAUGAUGCUGAACAGAAACUUCACGAAUCUCAUUACGAGUGGUUGCAGCAUGACCAGGACCCGGACCAAAGGCCCAAAAUGAUGCUGACUACUGAAGGCGAGCCAGUGGACAGCAUCGAACACUUCACGCGGCUCGUGGAACACUUGACGAGGCUGAUUGAGUUGGAACGCUCACAAAUUCACAGCGCAGAUAGCUUUACACAGGAAUCCCUGUCUGGUGCCAGCGGCUUCGUAACCUUCAAAGCUUCUCGGGAUGCUGAGAUGGCCCUGCGAUUGCGUUUAGAACCUGAAGGUCACCUUUUCACCAUGCAGUAUGCGCCUGCACCUCGAGAUGUGGCAUAUGGGGACUUGUUGACGACGCCGGGACAGAGGCAGUUAUCACAUAUGGUGGGCUACAUGCUGAUUCUGGCGGUCUUCAUUCUCUUCUUCCCUCUGAUCGGCUUAACUUCAUCCAUCAUCAAUCUGGAAAACCUGGAAGCCGUGGGCUUUAUCAAACAGAUUCUGAACGGCUCUGGCUGGCUGCAAUCAGUUUUAGAAGGUGUCUUCGCCACUCUGUUGCUCGCCCUCUUCAUGGGCAUCCUGCCCACAACUCUCAGCUUCAUCAUCGACAAGACCUUCACCCUCACCUCUUCAGCUGAAAGUCAGCUCUACCUGCAGGAGUGGUACUACUGGUUCCAGGUGAUCUUCGUUCUGUUGGUCACAGCCAUUGGCACCUCGCUGUGGCAGCGCUUCAACGACGUGCUGGCGUCGCCGAAGGGGGUGCUGUUCGACUUGGCCGGAAACCUGCCGAACACAUCGACCUUCUACAUGAACUACGUCAUUUUGCAGUGGUCCGUGUCGGUUCUGAACGUCUUGCGAUAUCAAAACUUGGUGAAGUUUAUGGCCUGGAACACUAUUUGUGAUGAAACCCGUGCCAAGCAGAAGUCAGAACCGGAAGAUCCUGAUUACUAUGGUGUGGGUUCCAGAAGUGCUCGACUGAGCUUGGUGCUUGCCAUUGGUCUGGUCUUCAGUCUUUUGUCGCCUUUGGUCCUCGUGAUGGUCUUCGUGUUCUUUCUCGUCAAUCGCGCCGUUUUCAGCUAUUUGCUGGUCUUCGCCGAGGAGCUGAAGCCUGACCUGGGCGGCAAAUUCUGGGCCUUGCAGUUACGUCAUGUGCACCUGGUAUUGCCCAUCUUCGUCUUGGUCAUGAGCGGAUGCAUUUGGAUGGAACCUUAUGGUGGUCCAGGGAUGCUGGCGUUAUUGAGUUUGGGAAUCUGGGCAUAUGAAUAUUCGCGUUGGUCUGACAUUUUAUGGGAAACCCUGCCAUUCAGAGCCGUUGUGGAAGGUGCUGAACAGUGUAUCAGCCACCCCUCGGAGGAGGUUUAUAUGCAGGAAGAACUGACGCGUCACCUGAAUACCAAGCUGCCACCGGCCACGAAGGCGGGCUGACUGGCUGAGGUUUUACCUCGGUGCUCGAGUUUUGGUGGAUUUGGAUACAAC